UCUCGCUUCAACCUUUAGGGGCCAUAUUGGUCGCCAUUUUAGCUUAUUUGUAUUUUUGAUACUUUUUAAUAUUCGAGACAGCGGACCCAAAUCGAAAAUAUGCCAAUAUUUAGCAAACUCUUUCUUAAAACACAUCCAAUUCUCGUACGAAACUCUAAAUCUUAUCAAAAUAUUCUCCUUUCUAAAAAGGGUAUAUCGCAAUUAUCUACACCUAUUUUUUGUCAAAAUAAUGCAGCUCAAAUUCUAAACGAUCAAGUCAAGUUUAGUCCAAUUGUAAGUACUAUCACUAAGACAUUUGCCACUCUGCAUCCUGAUAAGCAUGAAACUCACUGCAAACCGCAAGGUGUUCAUGAAGAAUUGAGUUCUGAUUAUUCUCAAUUCAAUUUUGUUGAAGCACCCAAAGAAACUAUAGUCAGUGUGAAAACUAUUCGAAAAUAUUGGGAGCUGAUUCCUUUGCUUGUCGCAUUGGCGGUGGCCGGAGGAGGCGCGGUUCUAUUCGUAUUAUACAGCUUAUUAACCAAACACGAUGUCAUGAGAACGGCAGACCAAAGACACGGAAAGGAUAAACCCUGGGAUCACGCUGAUCCCGAAAAGACCGGAAAACUUUAUGUACCUUACGAAGGUGGGAGGAAGAUCCCGGAAUUGGAAGCACUUAAAAAAAUCCUCAAGGAAAAAUGACACAGAUAUUACCUAUAUGGAAUAAUUAAUUUUCAACUACCUAUAAUAUUUUCAAAAACAUUAUCUUCCUUUUUUUAGAAAAAAAUUUUAAAAAGCCAACUAAAUGCAAACCGUGGUUAAAUUCAUCGGUAUAACAUUUUAUUUUUUACUAAUUCUAAAAAACUAAAAUACUCUUGUUUAUUAGUCAACGUAUAAAUAAUCGGAGUUUUUCAUUUUAAUUGAUUGUCAUUUAUUUAUGUACUUACUGUAUACAACUCAUUAUUUAAUGGCUUAAACCAAAGGAGUGUGCUUAUAACAAUAAUAAAUAGUAAAUUUCUCAUUAUAGAUAAGGCCUUUUAACUAUUUAUGGCGGGGCACCACUCAUGACGUUAUUUUGAAACUAUUAAAUGUAUUAAAACUUCAC